AUGCAAACGUGGGAAGCCUUUGGUGCUGGUCUCGCUGUUGUGGCGUCCAUUGUGUCUAACUUAGGCGUGAAUAUACAAAAGUAUUCGCAUUUAAAGGAAUCUUUCAAGCCUUUGCACAAUCGUCAGCCGUAUAUUCGGCGUCCCGUGUGGUGGUUGGGAUUUGCGUUGGUCGUUUUCGGAAGUUUCGGUGACUUUACAGCCUUUGGAUUUGCAACGCAGUCGCUUGUAGCAGCAUUAGGAGGUGGCGCAACACUUGUAGCGAAUGUGAUUACUGCUCAGUGUCUUAAUGGAGAGAGACUUUAUAAGACAGAUAUUGGUGGCGUUUUAUUGGUUAUUAUGGGUGUGGUCAUUAUUGCUUGGAUUGCAGAACCAAAUGUUGAGUACCCAUUACCAGAGCUUGAGUUAAGAUUUGUUAGAACGCCAUUCGUCGUAUAUCUCACUUGUGUUGGAGUUUGUGCUGUGAGUAUGCUCGCCACUAUCAAAGGUUCCGUUGCUAAUCGGCUGAAGAAUCAAAUGUACUGGUCAAAUAAACGUCGAAAGAAACUGAUGAAGCAAUUUGAGCUUCGAGUCCAGCGACUUGAGCAGCGACUAUUAGACAUGGAAGUAAAGCUAUUACAAGUCACUUCAUCAACGUCAGCACUCCCUAUUGGACUUGUGGACCCGCCUGCAAUGAGCAGAGAGCUGCAAGAGCUGAUUGAUUCAGUCAAUGUGGAAGAUGCUGAUGAAGACGAAGUAAUUGCGGCCCGAAAGUCUAGGGUUCCGUAUUAUUACGCAAUCUGCUCAGGCAUUGUUGGUGCAUUGACAGUGCUCUUGGCCAAGUGCUCGGCUAUUAUGAUUGCACUUACCCUCAAAGGCGACAACCAGUUCAAGUUCGGCCUGACAUACAUUUUCCUGGGCGGCAUGUUUGUGUGUAUCCUCAUUCAGACACACUUCCUCAACAUGGCCACUGCGUUGGGUGACAUCAUGACCGUAUUUCCUAUUUUUCAAGCUUGCUGGAUUACUUUUAGCGUUGUUGGCGGCGCUGUCUUUUAUCAAAAUGAGAAUGAGCCAUUUUCGACUACGAACAAGGUGCUUUACCCUUUGGCAUUAAUUUCUAUCGCGGCAGGCGUUGGACUGUUGGUGCAACACAACUCCUCUUCAGUGACAGCCAACAAUGGGAAAGUGGCGACUAAGACACGAAUAGGAGACGACGACUUGAAAGCGUGCGAUACGAACGACGAAGACGAUGACAUUUUGCUGGGUGCAGACGCUUCCAUAAGUUCGCCCCUGCUUCCUGUGCAGAUGAUAGACGCUUGA